AGACAUCUAUCAGACAUCAGUCCCAGCAGAGAGACAUCCUGCUUCCUUCACCAUUUUGGCAACAUGGGCAAGCUCACUCUAACUGCAGGUCUCUGUGUGAUCAUCGCCAGCUUGGGUUUACCUGGCCUUGUGACAGGAACUCCAUUACUUCCUGGAAACCCCUGUAAUGGAAGAUUGGAUGGGAACUACCCUAACCCUGAUGACCAACACACUUUUCAUCAAUGUGUAGCUGGAAACACCUAUGUCCAACCAUGCCCAGCAGGUUUGGUGUAUAGCCCAUCCAAUGAUCGCUGUGACCAUCCUGCUCAAACUACCAGUACACUUCAAGGAUACUGUCACGGAAAAGUGGAUGGGAACUACCCUAACCCUGAUGACCAACACACUUUUCAUCAAUGUGUAGCUGGAAACACCUAUGUCCAACCAUGCCCAGCAGGUUUGGUGUAUAGCCCAUCCAAUGAUCGCUGUGACCAUCCUGCUCAAACUACCAGUACACUUCAAGGAUACUGUCACGGAAAAGUGGAUGGGAACUACCCUAACCCUGAUGACCAACACACUUUUUACCAAUGUGUAGCUGGAAACACCUAUGUCCAACCAUGCCCAGCAGGUUUGGUGUAUAGCCCAUCCAAUGAUCGCUGUGACCAUCCUGCUCAAACUACCAGUACACUUCAAGGAUACUGUCACGGAAAAGUGGAUGGGAACUACCGCAACCCUGAUGACCAACACACUUUUUAUCAAUGUGUAGCUGGAAGAACCUACGUCCAACCAUGCCCAGCAGGUUUGGUGUAUAGCCCAUGCAAAAAUGCAUGUGACUAUCCUGCUCAAACCUAGCAGUAAACCUAAAGGAUACUGUAAAAUUGCCCCCAAGAUCUUGUCUUGCCACAACCACCAAAGCAAAUCCCAUACCCACUACCACAAAAACAACCAUCUCCACUACAGCUUUUACAACUCCCAAAUCCAUAGUAACGCAUUUGGACAUUGUCAAAUUCUGUUAAAUGUACAAUUUCCUGUGAUUCUUCAUUGCUGCCAGAUAUGAAAAGUUAUAUAGUAGUUAAUUAUGUUCAUUUAAUCUGACAUGGAUUCAUAAUUGUUGUAUAUGAUAUCGGCCUAUGUAAUUGUUGGUGUAUUUAAUCGUAAGGGUGUGUUCUCUUUGGUUUAUGUUCAGCAUUUGGUGAAUGGAUUUGUUUUACAUUAUAACAGAGAUGUUACAUAUUGUAUGUAUAUGUAUGUCAUCUUUGUCUAAAUGGGAAUAAUACAACAAUAAUAUUAUGGUGGUAAAAAUAAUGGCACAAUGAAUCAAUAAAAUAUUCCAGACUUAUAA